UGGAGACCUUGAAAAGGAUGAAACAAACAAAAAAAGAAACUUUAGGAAACUAGACUGUUGCAGUGAUGGAUACCAGAAAGAAGACAAAGAGGCACAAGUUGCUGAGGACUAUCAUGCUGAAUGCUGUGCCUUAACUCCUGGGGGAAGUGGGUCAGAACAAGAGAACCCUCACUUGCAGCAGCAUGAGGUGAAGUCUUGGACAAUGUGUGGCACUGGGACCGUGGGCUCUCCGAAGAGCACAGGAGGAAAACAAGCAAAUAUUCAGGUGACAGCUGAAACUCUGCCAAAGCUCACUGAAGAAGUACAAGCUAUGCCAUGUUACCACACCUACCUGUACAGAGCGUGGAAGCGCUGCAGACUGCAGGUCAUGAGAUACGCCUGGAAGCCUCAUUCCCUCUUCUGUUACCAAAGCCUUGCUCACUUCCAGAACCAUUGCCGUGCCCUGCUAGGCUUUCAGCAUCCGAGCUCCAGGUGCAUGGCCUCGAUGAUGCUGAUGUGUCCGUCCCAGCCUGUCUUGGAUCCCAAGAUGACACAGAACUGAAAAAAACUGAGCCAGAAAAGAGGCCAAAGAAAGUCUCACAGAUCCGCAUCAGGAAAACUGUUCCUAAGCCAGACCCCAACCUUACUCCAAUGGGACUGCCCAAACCAAAAAGACUUAAGAAGAAAGAAUUUAGUUUAGAAGAAAUUUACACAAACAAGAACUAUAAAUCCCCUCCUCCAGCCAGGAGCUUGGAAACCAUCUUUGAGGAGCCCAAGGAGAAGAAUGGACACUUCAUCUCUGUCAGCCAGCAGAAGAGAAAGCGGAUUCUGGAGUUCCAGGACUUUACUCUUCCCCGGAAGAGGAGGACACGAGGCAAAAUCAAAGCCCUGGGCAGCUGCACCCGGGCAAAGAGAGCCGCACUGCAGAGCACAGAGCUAGAUGCUCUUCUGAGUCAGAAGCUAAUGGACCUGGAAGCUUUUUUUGCAAAGGAGGCUGAGCAGGAGCAGGCCUCUGGCAUCUGAGGGAACUGUUUAGCUGAAAAUGGUCCAUUUAGCUCCUUUAGUGUUUCAGACCUGCUGGGGGAAAUCUGCUGACUUCCUCUGGCACCACUCUGCCACCCUGGCCUGACACCCCACGAUCCAGCUCUGGCUGUGGCCCUCUUUAAGGUGCUAUUCUAUCCUAGUUUUUAAAUGCAAUUGGAGGGAUUCUUCUAGGUCCCUGUUGCAGUGGAACACAGCCACGUACAAUCGACCUUCCCCAGCCUGGAAAUGACAGCCAAUGUUUGAUAAGGGCUAAACAGCUCUGGGGGGUGGAGUGGGUGUGUCAAGGAGGAAGCAGUGCAGCGUCAGUCCCUACACCUCUGUACUUCAGAUCCUUUGCACACUCAAGUCUGCUGUGGUACUGUAACAGCUGUCUGGAACAACCUGACAGAAGGGAGGUGGUGUUUGGUAAGGAGAAACUCCAGCAAGCACAUUCUUGAUAUACCACUAACUUUUUUGACAAUUAAAGUAGCUGUCUGGGUUUGCUUCUAAUUGCUUCUUCCUGCUCUUUACUUAGAAGGUUCCUCUGGAGCUUCUGUGCCCUUCCUGGCUUCAGGCAGCAGAAGCCCCACAUAACUAGACUUUAAAACACUUGCACUUUGUAUACCUUCCUUAUUUGCUGCAUGAGGACACCUUUUAACAUGACUGAGCUCAAAAAAAGGUCUUAUUUUAAGAAAAACAUGGUGCCCAGUACCAGGUUUUCCCAAGGUGUAGAGUUUUUACCCAUUUGGCUGAUGCCAGCCUCCUCUCUAGAGGCAAAGGUAAUUAGCCCAUGAGGAUAUUUAAGCUGCAGGAUAUGCAAGCAGAGGUUUUUAGUUAACUGAGCUGAGCUGCUGCACAGAGGGAGCACCAACAAAAUCUUUCUAAGUUAUUUUAGUUCAAGUGAAAAUAUCAACUUGAUUUUAAUGUCAAGAAGAAAAUAUUUUUUCCAUCUUCACUGCGAAGUGGCUGUUCUCUGUACAGCAGUGCUGGUGCUGUGCAGAGAGCUUCCUAGCAG